CCCCAAUCUGCAUGAAAUCAAGUCAGGAACCGGAGAAACAAAUUCCAUUCAAAAACUAGAAAAUCAGGGCCCCUCAUUCUGCUUGUCAAAUCACGUAGUAUUUUUCAUAAAAGACUUCCAGCCAUGCUUAUUGUCAGUUUGAGCAGCGUUUCUAGACAAGCUUUCAUUCAAAGCCAGACAAGAUGCUUACACGCUACAAGGCUUGCGAAACACUCAAAGGCAUUUGUCACAACACCCAUUUAUUAUGUCAAUGCAGUCCCGCACAUAGGACACUUGUACUCGACAGUUUUGGCCGACACUAUCAGAAGGAAUUAUGCACUACAUGGAAAAGAGGUUAUUAUGUCGACAGGCACAGAUGAACAUGGAUUAAAGAUUCAACAAGCCGCCAAGAAAAACAAUAUGCAACCCAUUGAAUUCUGUGACAAAGUAUCUGAAAGUUUUAGGAAAUUAUGCACAGCCGCCAACAUAGAAUAUACCAGUUUUCAAAGAACAACAAGCCCAACUCAUAAAAAAGCUGUCAAGGAGCUUUGGAACACUUUAUUAAAAAACGGUUAUUUGUACAAAGGCAAGCAUGAAGGGUGGUAUGCCGUUUCCGAUGAAGCGUUUUAUGCACCGAAUCAGGUCAAAGAAGUCACUGAUGAAAAAACAGGCGAAAAAACGAUGGUAGCCAUAGAAUCCGGACAGAAAGUGGAAUGGAUGAGCGAAGAGAAUUACAAGUUCAGACUCUCUUUGUUUGGCGAUAAAUUAGUCGAAUGGAUUGAUAGUCAUCCGACGGCUAUUGUCCCUCAUAACAGGAGAAAUGAAGUGCUUUCAUGGAUCAAAGCAGGUUUGGCUGAUCUAUCUGUGUCAAGGCUUCGAUCACGGCUCGACUGGGGUAUUGAGGUGCCAAACGAUCCCGAGCAUACAAUUUAUGUCUGGCUGGAUGCGUUGACAAACUAUCUGACAGCUACAGGAUAUCCUUGGCAUGGCGAGCACUCCUCGCCCAACAAAGAAGCAUUUCCACCAGACGUUCAGAUCGUGGGCAAAGAUAUCGUAAGGUUCCAUGCGAUCUACUGGCCAGCAUUCUUAAUGGCAGCAGAUUUGCCUCUACCUAAACAAAUAUUGGCUCACGCUCAUUGGACAAUGGGCAAACAGAAAAUGUCUAAAAGCCGAGGAAAUGUAGUGGAUCCGUUUGAGGUGCUGGAUACGUAUGGCGUAGAUCCUGUGAGGUAUUAUCUUGUCCGAGAUGGCGGCCUGGCAGAUGACGGCGACUAUUCUGAAAAGAUGAUCAAGACUCGAUACAAGAAAGACUUGGCAGGUCAACUCGGUAACCUGUUGAACAGAACAACGGCAAAAUCAUUGCUUCCGAGUGGUGUUGUUCCUGGAAAUAGUCUCAACACUGCCACGGUACAUCCCAACGAUCAAAUGUUACACGACCAGAUUCGGGCAGUACCAGAAAACUUCAACAAGGCUUUUGAAGAAAGAGAAUUCAAUAAGGCUUAUGCUUUCAUUUUUGACAUGUUGUCUCAGGCCAAUAAGCAUUUCACAGAAAAUGAACCAUGGAAAAUGACGCAAAAUAUAGAAGACAAAGAACGUUUGGAUACCAUUUUAUUCUAUUCUUUAGAAGCAUGUCGAGUGGCUGGUAUUCUACUACAGCCUAUUAUGCCUACGAAAAUGGAAAGCCUACUGAAUCAGCUGGGUGUUCCUAAAGACGAACGCUACUUCAAGGACAGCUUAUCACUUAAGGUCGGCAAGGAUAUCACUGUGAACAAGACAGAAGCUGACAUUCUAUUCCCUCGUUUAAAAUAAAUCAUUUCAUAGGUUUAUCUUUAUGAAAAUGAUGGUAUGAA